AUGGUAUUGCCCAAGUUCUUUUCACCGCAAUUAUGCAUGCUCACCAAAUCCCUCGAGACGUUCUUCGGCGUUGGUCCCCUCGUUUCUGCACGCCUCCUUGCCCGCUUCCACAUCCACCCCACAUGCAAGGUUGGCGAGCUUGCGAACAAGCAGGUUCUGGACCUCACAGCUGCUUUAUCCGACAUGAAGAUUGAGAAUGAUCUCCGGAGACAGAUUCUUGAUGAUAUCAAGCGGUUGAAAGAGUCGGGUUCCUACCGGGGUAGACGCCAUGCGUUGGGAUUACCGGUUCGGGGACAGAGAACGAGGACACAGAUUUCGACCGCUGUCAAGCUCAACCGUAUGGAAAGAAGACUGUGA